AUGCGGCUCUCUCUUACUCUGCUAGCUGCGGCUGCACUCGGCCAUGCUGCUCCCAGCCCUAUCCAGCCUCGAGAUACCAUCUCAACCAGUGAACUAUCCCAGUUCACCUUCUGGGUUCAGUACGCAGCUGCCACAUACUGCGAGGCCGGAUACACCGCAGAGCCAGGCACCAAGGUGAGCUGUGAGGCCGGCAACUGCCCGGAUGUCGAACAAGCCGAAGCCACCAUCAUCUACAGCUUCUCCAACACCACAAUAACCGACACAGCCGGCUUCAUCGCCACAGACCCCACGCGCAAAGCCAUCGUGCUCGCCUUCCGCGGCUCCUACUCCAUCCGCAACUGGGUCACAGACGCUACAUUCCUCUUCAAAAACCCGGGCCUCUGCAAGGGCUGCUACGCCGAGACCGGCUUCUGGGACUCAUGGGCCAACGUGCGCGACGAGAUCCUAGAACAGGUGAAGACGGCGGUGGCGCAGAAUCCGGACUACGAGCUCGUCGUUGUAGGCCAUUCCCUCGGCGCAGCGAUUGCGACUCUCGCUGCGGCGGAUAUCCGUGGUCGAACAGAGUAUCCGUUUCCGACGCUGUAUGCGUAUGCGUCUCCGCGAGUCGGCAACCAUGCCCUAGCGCAGUAUAUCACGGACCAGGGCCGGAAUUACAGGUUUACACACGCGGAUGACCCGGUGCCGAAACUGCCGCUGCUUGCGAUGGGGUAUGUGCAUGUUAGCCCGGAGUACUGGAUCAAUGCGCCGGAUAAUGUGACUGUCACGGCUGGGCAGGUGGAGGUGCUUCAUGGGGAGGUGAACUUGAAUGGGAAUACGGGGCAGGGGAUCCCUGGUGUUCCUGAUUUGACGGCGUUUCAUUCGCAUCAGUGGUAUUUUGGGCCGACGGAUGCUUGUAAGGGGCCUGGACUGCCUUUUAAGAGGGAUUUGGAGUAG